CUAUGAACAAGAUCGUUUUGUAACUUGACUAAGGACGUUGUACUUAAGUGUGUAUUCAAAGUAGGUUGUUAGCUUAAACAGACAACAUAAAGCAGCCUUUUCCAGUUUAAAUUUCAGGACAUUGUGUAUAAUACUUACUGAAAACUGUGCCUGUCAAUGUGUAACACAUUCUGGUUUUGAUACCACAAAUUGUUUUUCAUAAAUGUAGAGAAAAUAACAGUGAAUACAAUACUUUUAAAUAUAAGACAGUUCUUGAUUCCUUUUGAACAUGGCAACUUCUGUAGAUUCAGUUCAUAAAUCUUCAGAUUCAGUGAAGGACUAUUUGUGUGGCUCUUGCGAAAGUAAACAUAUAGAAGUAAGUGCUGCAAUUUUUUGUGAAACAUGUUUGAAGUAUUUUUGUGAAGAAUGCCUUCAUCAUCAUGAUCAUAUAUUUGUAAACCAUUUGAAAUAUGGAAGAGGGGAAACGAACAAAUGGCCUUUAACAAAGACAAUGGAGGAUUUGCUUAUGAAAUGUGAGGUUCACAACAACAAGAAACUGAAAAUGUUCUGCCAGGACCACAGUCAGCUGUGCUGCUCUGAUUGUGUUUUACUGAAUCAUAGACAGUGUACCAAUUUGACUCCAAUUUCUGAAUCAGUAAAAAUGAUGUCAGUGGACUUGAAGCAGUUGUCAAACAAAAUUCAAACAAUUCUUGAUGAAAUAAAUAAGUUAAAGAGAGCACAAGAGGACAACAUGCAGUCAGUGGAGGGAUCAUACAGUGAAAAACUGGAAGAAAUCAGAGACCUGCGUAAGAAAUUAAAUGCUGCUUUGGAUGAACUAGAAAAAACUACUUUGAAAGAAUUGGAUGAAAUUAGGACCACAUUGCAAAUCUCUCUUAAGAAAGAUGUUGACAACUGCAGCAGACUGAAGGAUGAACUCCAACAACUCAGUGAAGCUGUACAGGGCCUUUGUAAUAAGAGCAAGAAAGAAAUGGAGUUCAUAGCCAGCAGGAAAUGUCUGGACAAAAUACACGAGUCUGAGACGUAUCUAAGAGAGAACCCUGUUAAUGUUAAGAGUUCACUGAUAUUCCAGGCAAACACUGACAUUGAGCUGUACCUGUCUCAACUGUCUAGUCUAGGGUGGAUUGUAGACAGUAUGCAGUCUCUCACACUCAAAAUGAAUCCUGAUAAGGUGAUGACUGUGAAGAGGAAGUUCGAGUAUAAUGUGAAAAUACCAAGUGACAUAAAUCAGACUUGUAUCAUAGGCAUUUGCAGCCUGCCUAGUGGUUAUGUCAUUGUUACAGAUUACAAUAAUAAGAAUGUGAAACUGUUGGACAAAAGUUACAAUGUGUCCGGUCACUGUGAUGUGUCUGGUCCUCCAUGUGACAUUUGCCUAAUCACAUCUUGUGAGGUGGCUGUGACUAUUGGUGGUACAUGUGUGCAGUUCAUAUCUGUGAGCAAUGGGCAGCUGGUGAAUGGGAGGAAAUUACAGUUACAACAUAAUGCUGUUGGCAUUGCUCACCAUCAGGGAGCAUUGUAUAUCACUAGUCGCACUGCUCUCUACCACUACACACUGACUGGGACACUUGUGAAAAAGAUUUAUGAGGAUGCAGGAGGUGCAGUAACAGUGUUCAAAUGUGCACUAAGUCCUGAUGGUGAACGGAUCUUUGUCACUAACUUUACAAACCACAAGCUCCUCACACUGGCCAAAGAUGGAGCCCUUCUGUCGACCUUCACUGACUCUGAUCUACAGAAGCCACAUGGUCUACAUGUAACACCUGGUGGACAAGUUCUUGUUUGCGCAUGGACCUCCAAUACUGUGAUACAGGUGGAUCAUGAGGGAAGAAAGAAGCUGGCGACUCUUGCUUCAAAUAAAGAUGCAGUGAGAGGACCAUUGUCUGUCUGCAGACCAUUGUCUGUCUGCUACAAUACCAACACUGACCAGAUCAUUGUGGGACAAGAAAAUAACAACAAAAUCAUUGUUAUGGAAUUGAAAUAGCUCGUCAAGUGGAAAAGAAAACAUUGAUAUAAACACUGUUAAAAGUAAUAUUUCCAUUUUUUUCUGUGAAUUGUUAAUUAAGUCAUGGCAUUUUAUAUCUAGUUAAGAAGAAGAGCAUAUUCAUAGAGUUUAUCUUUUAUAAUUAACAAAUUAAAAAAACUUUUUUUGAAAAUAAGAUAUUUCAAUGCACCUUAGAUAGCACCAUUUAAAACAAGCAUGCAUAACAUAUAUCUAUGUUGAUGCUAAUAAGUAAUUUUGUCUGGCUUCAUGUCAGGUGUUGUUUGUCACAAAACAAUUGCUAUAAUUACUGUAACAUAUAACAUGUAUUAUGAUAAAUAACUAUUGAGAUGUAUUAAUAUUUGAGUAUUUCAAUUUGUGCCAUUUUCGUAUGUGCGCCUUUGAUAGCCUAUUGAAGUCAUUAUACUCCAAUGCUAAUGUUUAGAAGAACCAUAUUCUAGAAUUCAAUAAAAUGUUACAAUUAGUUGGACACAUUUCUUGACAAUUAACUAACAUCAGGCUAACAUUUUUAAUGUACUAGUGAAUCAAAAUAUUGAGGUUCAUUUUAUCACUUUAGUAACACUAUGUUACAAUUGUUUUCUGUUAAUGUUGCUUUCUUUAUUUUGUCAUUAAACCCAAGAUAAUCUAA